AUGAAUGGAAUGGAGGGCGAAGAAGAAAAGUCCGCGGAUAACAUAGAUGAAAUUGACGAUAAUGAAGGGAAUGAUCAUGAUGAUAACUCCAAUUUUUCUUUGGUAGCUCAGACACUACACGCACUAGAGAAACAUCGUACGGCCAGGACAGCAAUCGAAAAUAUACGCAACGCGGAUGUGAAUAAAGCUACCGCCUCUGACGGUAAAUGCCCAGGAUGUGGAUGGAGCCCUAAAACCGGGAAAACAAGAGAUCUUAAUAAACAUAUGGAUCUAACGCGAAAUAGACCAUGUCAAGCUUUAUUGCAACUAUCUCGUAAUACUCAGCCUAUUCCACAAGUAACUGUACUGGAUCCUAAUGCCAGAAAGCCAGAUGAAACUGUAAAGCAAUGGGGAUCGAGAAUGCGAAAAAGGCUUAAAGAAGUGAUUAAUGAAGAUCACCCCCAACCACAAAAUUUAUUUCAAUGCAAACGUCUUUAUGAUCAAUUAUUGCAAGUUGAUCCAGAAGCAUAUAUUCCAGAAAAACCUCUAACAGAAGAAGAGCAAAGAUUCGAGCAAGAAUUCUUUGACAAGCCAGAAAUUGAGGAAGCUGAGUUUCAGCAUGAACUAUCACAGCGAGAAAUCGAUGAGUCAGCAACUCAAGAUUAUGCCUCUUCCGAAGCUGGUCCAGGCCCUCAAACCCAAGCACAUCGUGAAAGCCAAGUCUCUGGCUUACCAAUUCCAGACAUGAACUUGAGAGUAGAUAGUAAAGGAGGAUUUCUGGAUUUAGAUAUAUGGCCAGUCCCAUAUCCCGAUAACAAAGAACAUCGUGUAAUAUGGCAAAACGGAAUUCGGACUGCAAAAGAUAUGUUCAAGGUAGAUGGAGCCGAAUAUGCUUUCUCAACCUGGUUUACAAAAGCUAAAGAAAUCGAUUUUGCCAGUAUAAUAUUAGAAGCAGAAAAUAAAGAUGAAGCUAUGCUUUACAAUGCUUAUAUCGGAAUUAUUCAGGACAAGAAAUUAAUGAAAUUAUAA